AUGUAUCAAUGCAACGGUAUGUCGGGUUUAACAUUAUUUAAAAAUUAUGAAGAUACAAAAGAAUUAAGCGAUAUCAUACGUGUAACACCUCAGAGGAUUAGUCAAAUGAGCAGAGAAGAGAGGUUGAUGGAAGCAAUAAAUGAAAUUCAAAACGAUACAGGUUUUACUCAAGGAGCUCCCUCUCAAAAGUAUGGACCAAGAGGUAGAUAUCUCACCGAAGCAGAAGAAUUAGAGAUGAUAAAGAUGGUAGAAGAAUUAAAUACCAAGAAUAUUCCGAUAACGAAAGAGAAUAUUCUAAAUUGGGUGGUCGGAAAGGUAUAUGACAAAUAUGGCUAUACAAUGAGUCGUCACCCUGGUCGUGACUGGUGGACAAAGCUGAAACAAAAAUAUCCGAUCUUAAAGUUAAGAAAGGUUAAGUUUCAAGAUGAAGCUAGAUUAAAAGCGGAGAAAGAGGCCGAUAUUCAAGGUUUCAUCCAUUCAUAA